AUGGGGCAAGACGUGGGGAAGGGAAACUACUGGACCUUAGACCCCAACUGCGAGAAGAUGUUUGACAAUGGGAACUUCCGUCGCAAACGCAAGCGGCGCUCCGAGCCCAACGCCCCCACGACCGCGUCUGCGGCCUCCUCUCUGGGGGGCCUGAAGGCCGAGGAAGAGCGACCCAUCCCAGCCGCAGGCAAACCGGGUGGAAACAGCCCACCCCCGGAGCCGGACGGCCGGCUGACAGGGGGUCUCGGCGGUGACCUGCAUCACAGGAACUUCUCCGCUGGGCAGCUGAGCAGCGGCACUUUCACCCCUUCCAGCAGCUCUUCUCAGGAGGUGCCUUCGCCAGACCAGCUGCAGCGGGUUGCGGGACCUUCCCCUGCCUACUACAGCUCCUUCCAUCCCAGCAGCGGCAGCCAGGGAGCCCAGUACAACCACUACUACAACUUCACGGUGAACAGCCUCAUCUACACCCGGGACGGAACGGAGGUGUAG